AUGAAAUUCCAAUACAAAGAAGAGCAUUCUUUUGAAAAACGUAAGGCAGAGGGCGAGAAAAUACGCAGAAAGUACCCGGAUAGAGUACCAGUAAUUGUGGAGAAAGCUCCCAAGGCAAGGCUUGGUGAUCUCGACAAGAAAAAAUACCUGGUUCCGUCGGAUCUAACUGUUGGUCAGUUUUACUUCUUGAUCCGAAAACGUAUCCAUCUAAGACCCGAAGAUGCAUUAUUUUUCUUUGUUAACAACGUAAUUCCUCCCACAUCUGCUACAAUGGGAUCGUUGUAUCAAGAACACCACGAUGAAGAUUUCUUCUUAUACAUUGCAUUUUCGGACGAAAAUGUCUAUGGAUAUUAA